AUGACUUCUAAACAAUCCGGAGGGAAAACACGAAGUGAUAUAGCAUCUCUUUUUGAGUACGUUGGGAAUCAUGAUAAAUGUAAAGUUUUAAGUUGUGGUUAUCAAUCUAAAGAACAUACUUCUAAUCAAAGACGUCAUUUGAAGGAUCGACAUCGCGAAAUUUAUGACCAAAUAUAUCCAUUCAAUCAACAUGAGAGUGAGUUUUCUACUACUGAGACGGAAGAAGAGUCAACAAAAGAGUCAACUUAUUUAAAUCGCGUAGCAUUAAAUAAAACGACUCUAAAAACGGCACUAUUAAAGCUAGUCACAAUCAAUGGUCGCCCUUUUUCAAUUCUACAAGACGAAGGAAUGCGAAUGAUUUUGGAUCCAUUAAUUUCUCGAAUGCCAGAGAAAGUAAUCAUCAAUGAAGAGACUGUGAAAGAUGAUGUAAUCAACACUGCCAAUAAUAUCAAGAAGACAAUACAAAAAGAGGUCAAAGAAUGCAAUUUAGUCAGCUUGAAAGUUGAUAUUGCUUCUCGCUUAGGGCGAUCAUUUCUUGGAGUUAACAUUCAGUAUAUUAGAGGCGGUAAAAUUAUAAUCAGAACACUUGCUGUAGAAGAAAUAACAGAAAGGCAUUCCGGUGAAAACUUGAAGAAUUUGAUUUUGAGAACUUUUGAUUUAUACGGAAUUGAUGUGAAAAAUAUUUAUUCCUUCACAUCUGACAACGGUACAAAUAUGGUCAAACUCUCAGAAUUACUGGCCGAAGAACAAAAUUUGCCUGUGGAAGAAGAUGAUGCACGCAAUGAAUUAAUGUGCAAUAUUGACAAUACUACCCUUAACAAUACCGGUAGUAACACAGACAAUCCCAUUGAAGAAGAUAUGGACUUCGAAAUUAAUGACUCUACAACUAUGGAUGACGACAAUGAUCUUGGAUUUGAUCUUGAAUUACAACCAGAUCUUUCAGAAAUGGAAUUGAGUGGCUCAAUGGAAACACUGCAGCAGAGUUUUUCACUGGUUAAUAUUCGUUGUGCAGCUCAUACGCUGCAGCUUGCAGUUCAAGCUGCAAUCAAUAAAUCAAACCUUCAGAAAUCAUUGUCGAAAGCAAGAAACGCAGCUAAAAUUUUUAGAGUCGACAGUACAAUUAACGAAAUCAGGCGUUUAAGAUCGACUGCGUCGAAACCUGUUCUCGAUUUGCCUACUCGCUGGUCAUCUACGUAUGAUAUGUUAUUCUCUUUGCUUAAAUUGGAAGACUUCAAAAGUUACGUUCCACCCUUGCGGUUUUCAAAUCGUUCUGGAAAUAUUCUGUAA